CACAACCAAAAUACAGUCUAGACAACAUAUAUUGUUUGUUGAAAGGCCCCGUUAGAAUUAGUGCAUUUUUAAAUAAUAAAAUGCUCUAAAGUUGUUUCAAAAAUUUUAUGGAUGUUUAGAGGAUUUGAGAUCAAAAGAAUAUUUCAGGUAUAGCCUGAAACGGAACGUUCAAACAAUACAAUAAUAAAGCUUAAGCUUAAGAAAUACGUUUCGUGAAGGUCAUGCCGCAAUAAAACCAGUCAUGUAAUCUGUAACUGUAUACUUGUAUACUUAUGUAACUUGAUAUUUAUGUAACCUAAUUACUUGUAUGCUAAUAAUAAUAAUAAUUAGCUGAAAAUGCAAAACAGAGAAGCUGGCAAAUUCUACGGUCAUAAAAAAAAAGUGACGUACGCAGAUAAUAAUGUACCAGUUUAUAAAUUAAGAAUUGCUAAGCUGCCUAAACAGCUUAAAUCGGUAAGGAUAGAGCAACAUUUUUCUAAAUUUGGCCAACUUAUAAAUGUGGAAAUAUUGUAUGGAAAAACUCGAUCCUUUCCAACACAAUGCAUUAUACAUCACCAAAAUGCGAAAGACGCAGGCGCUGCUUUAAAACAGAAAUAUCAUACAAUCAACCACCAACGUGUUAAAGUGCAGUCAUGCCCAGGUUGGGAGCAACCUUAUUUAAUCGAAAGUUUAUUUGCGAAAUCCAGCAACAAUGUGAAUUUACUUACUUUAAACGAUUACUGUUUGGAAAGGAUUUUUCAACAUCUUGACUUGCGUCAGCAAUUACGUCUAUCGUUAUGUCAUUCACGUUUGGAUAAGAUCUUCACAUAUAUGAUUUGUUCACGUUUACAACGAACGUUUUAUUUGGAAGAGCUUUUGCAAUUUUCAACCCGGGAGCAGCGUCAGUUUCUUAAAACCGCGGAUAUAUAUAUGGAACGAUUUGUAAUUGCAAAAGAAUACCAAGGCUUUAAGUCUAUAAGGAACAUAUGUGCCUUUUUGAAAGAAUUCCGCUUACGUAUAAAAAGCCUACAUAUUAUCAAAUGGAUGCCGGUGCAAUAUAGGACGUUUCUUACUUCGUUACAACUAAGUUAUAUAGGCGAAUUGGAAAUGUAUCGAUGUAAUUUAAAAGACAUACAUUUGAAAUGCUUCCUUAAAUUACCCAAUCUCAAAGUACUCGGUUUGGCCCGCAAUCAUCUGCUAAAGGGCACAUAUUUAAAGUGUUUCCGAAAAUUGGAAAGAUUAAGUUUAUACGAGUGUUGGAACAUUUCCAACGAUGAAUUUUCUCAGUGUUGUCGUCAUUUACACCUAAGCUACUUAGACAUACGUAAAUGCAUUCGUCCUACGGAAACAAUUGUAUAUUUGUGUAAAAAUUUGGAUACAAUAAAAUUGUCGGGUUUCAUUGAAUAUAUUGUCAAAUUACCAAAAUUAAGGUCAUUGGAGGUACAUCACUCCAACUCGCCGAUUACAAUCCGUUUUUAUAAUGCUCUUGUCGAACAUCAUGCUGAUAACUUACGCGAGUUAAAAUUGACUGGUGAAACAUACCUAAUGCUUCCAACCGUGGCUAGAAUUGUACGUUUGCACAAAUUACGUACCUUAUGGUUAGGAGAUUAUGCAUACAACGGAUCAGAACAAGUUGUCCAACUUGUUACAAAACUGAGUGAUUUGGAAGAGAUCAGCUUACAUUAUUCCCUACGUAUUAGAGAUCAACAUUUACUACCGCUCAUAAUUAAAUGUACCAAAUUGAAACGUAUCAAUCUACGUAUGUGUCGUUAUAUAACAAGUAAUUUUAUUUGGAGCACAUUAGAAAUACUAUCACAACGUAUAGCUGCAGCGCAGCCACUCGUUAUUUUAGUUUGCGGUACACGCAUCAAAGCGGAUAUUUUACGAUCUUCUGUUUAUCGUAAAAACCGUCGCUUGCUGAAAUUAUUGUUUCAUGACGAUAAACAGCUGACGGGUCUUGUGAAUGAAGGCAGUUCUUUUGACAUUAAUGAUUUUGAGUUGAAUCGUACUACCAUUGAUACUAUGGAUGUUGAAUUCAUGAAUGAUUUGCCUGAAGAGAACAAUGAUGCAAGCGAUUGAGAUUUAGCAUGAGAAAACAAAAACUUGGAUAUAUUAUUAUUGGUAUUUAUUAAUUUUUGUAUUUCAGAGAAAGUAAAUAAUGGUAAUUUUUAACUGAAAAUAUCAAUAACUUAGUGUAGAAAUACAACAAAAAUUCAUUUAAAUCCAAUUUUCGGCGGUCUAAGCAUUUACAUGAAUUUUGAUUAAUUUCGGAUUUGUAUGAUUUUGUUCAAUUAUAAUGAUUAGCAU